AUGAGAUCCGCGGAACGCAAAGUGGCGGCAGUUCUGCUUCUGGCUUCCUUAGCUGCCGUUCAUGGAUUCCUUCCUCGGUUCACUCCGUCCGGUCUCGGUGGGGCCCUUUUUGCCAAGAAGAAAAAGGACAAGAAACCCAAGGAACCACCCAAAUCUGCAGCUCCGCCACCAGGAGCCCCAAGACCGGGUGGGCCGCCUCCCUCGGGGCAAUUUGUGACUCCCGCCCUUCAAUUUGCGUACACCCAACCCCAAACACAACCCAAGCCAAAUCCCAAGGCUGCCGCUGAUGAUACCAAAACGGAAUCAGCCGAUACAGACGCCAAAGUAGAAGACGCAGAGGCCGGAAACGACAAAGAGGAUGCCAAAGCUGCUGAUGCCAAGAAACUUUCGCCAGCCGAGAAAUUCAGGUUGGAAGCUCAACGCCAGCAAGAAGCAUGGCAAAAGGCUCAACAGGAGCGUCUUCGUCGUGAGCAGGAAGCAUGGAAAAAUGCCGAAGCUCUGAGACUUGAAAAACAGCAGGCAUUCAGGGAGAAAAAUGAAAUGGAGCAAAAGAAACUCGAAGCAGACGCCCAAGAAAAGGCGGAAAUGGAGCGUACGAAACUCGAAGCGGAACGCAUCAAGAAAGAAGAAGAAGCGAGACUUCAAAAUUUUAGGGAAGCCAAGAGGAGAAUCCAGCUUCGAAAGGACAGGGAAGCUCGUGAAAAACUCGAGGCUCAGCAGGAACAGGAAACGCCACAGGCCGAGGCAGAACCUACCCAGCCUGAGAUCAUAGAGCAAGAAGAAUCCACGAAGAAACCCGAAGCCGCACCGAAGAAACCCGAAACCGCCCCAUACUUUUUCGCAGGCAACAAGGCUCAGGCUGACGCAAGCAAGAAACUGAAGUUGGAAGAAGAGUCUAAGGCUGAAGCUCAGAGACUUGAACAGGAAGAAACAGCUGCUAGGUUGCAGAAAGAAAAGGAGGAGAAGGAACAACUAGCAAAAGAAAAAGAGAUUGCUGCAGCCGCGGAAGAAGCCGAGAAACAACGAUUAGCUAAGGAACAAGAGAAGGCCGUGGAGGCUGAGCGACUACGUCUCGAAGAAGUGGCCAAGGCUGACCAAGAACGACUCAAACUCGAAGCGGAGGCAAAAGCAGAACAGGAACGGCUGCUGGAAGAAGAAGAAAAACAAAAGGCCGAACAAGAACAACUCAAACUCGAAGCCGAGGCGAAGGCCGAACAAGAACGACUCAGACAAGAAGAAGAGGCUACAGCUGAACAAGAGCGUCUCAGACUACAAGCAGAGGCUAUGGCUGAAGAAGAACGACUGAGGCUUGAAGCUGAGGCAAGAGCCGAACAAGAACGACUUGAGGCUGAGGCAAGAGCUGAACAAGAAAGGCUUGCCGAACAAGAACGACAAAGACUGGAAGCCGAGGCAAGAGCUGAACAAGAAAGGCUUGCCCAACAAGAACAACUUAGGCUUGAAACUGAGGCAAGAGCUGAACAGGAAAGGCUCGCUGAAGAAGAACGGCAGAGGCUUGAAGCUGAGGCAAGAGCUGAACAAGAACGUCUUGAGGCCGAGGCAAGAGCUGAACAAGAACAACUGAGACUUGAAGCUGAGGCAAGAGACAAGAACGUGGAGGCAAGAAGAGCAAGAACGGCUUGUGCUGAGGCAAGAGCUGAACAAGAACGGCUGAGACUGGAGGCUGAGACAGCUGAACAAGAAAGACUUGUGGCUGAAGCAAGAGCUGAACAAGAACGACUGAGGCAGGAGGCUGAGGCAAGAGCUGAACAAGAACGGCUUGCUGAAGAAGAGCGACUGAGACUUGAGGCUGAGGCAAGCGCUGAGCAAGAACGACUUGUGGCUGAGGCAAGAGGAGAACAAGAACGGCUUGCUGAAGAAGAACGACUGAGACUCGAUGCUGAGGCAAGAGAACAAGAACGACUUGUGGCUGAAGCAAGAGCUGAACAAGAACAACUGAGACUGGAGGCUGAGGCAGCUGAACAAGAACGAAUUGUGGCUGAAGCAAGAGCUGAACAAGAACGACUAAGACUGGAGGCCGAGGCAGCUGAACAAGAACGGCUUGUGGCUGAGGCAAGAGCGGAACAAGAACAACUGAGACGGGAGGCUGAUGCAAGAGAAGAAGAACGGCUUGUGACUAAGGCAAAAGCUAAACAAGAGCGACUGAGGCUGGAGGCUGAGGCGUUGGAAGAGGAGUUAAGGGCAGCAGCUGAAGCCGAACGACAGCGGUUGGAAUUUGUUGCAAAGGCUGUGGAGGAAAGAUUGCAGCAAGAGGAAAAGGAUGCACAAGAUCCUGAAGAUGCUGAAAGAUUGGAAUUUGUGGCGCAGGCUGUUGAGGAAAGACUGCAACGAGAACAGGCAAUGCAGGAAGCUAAACUGGCGGAAGAAAUGUCGCCAGUGCAACCCGCAAGACCAUUUUCUGAUGCGUUUUCCCAAAACUCGGCCCACCAAAAAGUCUCAUUCACUGGCUCUUCUCUGACUGCUACAGGUGGUCCUCCAAGUGCAGCUUCAAGGGUACAACCACCUCUCCAACCGGAGCCGCAGCAGAUGGCGUCACCCGCUGCACCCGUGCAACCAGGGGUGCCUUUUCUGAAUGAUCCCCUUGGUGGUGGCCGAGACACAGCCGCAUUCUUUGACCGCUACAACCAGGCAUACUUGACGCAGAAAGCGCAAGGCAACCAAAUGCAACAGGAGCAGGUGGAGCCGCCAGCGGAUGGGGUUAGUGAGGAUGGAGGAGCGAUUAGUGACUACAAGGCUUUCUAGUGUGAUGAAAUUGCAGAAUCCGACGACAAUGUCAGUCAACCUGGCGAGAAUCGCAAUGUCAACACCUAAGGAUAUUUCUUUGAUCGUGAGUUGGCUGAUUCCUUGUCUAAGGAUGAAACGAGACCAUGUUGUGGAACCUACAAAAGUGUAGUCUACGCAAACUGGUCCAGCUAGCUAGCGCUGUUGAAUACAUUUAUUAGAGUUUCUUAUUGCAUUG